UAUAAAGCAGGAUGACCGGCCGAUUCAAGAGUUCGCAGUUUUGUUUAGUGUAGUAUUGCUUAGCAGUGUUGUGUUUUCGUAGUCCUGAUAAGUGAUAGUGGUGUAUAAUUAUCAGAUUUUAUUGCCGAUGUAUAAAAUUAAACAUUCAUUUUGUGCAGUUGUUUAGUUGUUCGCGGUACUAGCACCAGUUCACCUUCCUUUAGUAGAGAGACUGCGAAACUGGCCUACAAAAAUGCAUCACCACAACAUUGAUAUGGCUUCUAUUAACGAACCAAAGAAUUCAAACGAAAGCAAAUGUGUGGGAUGUUUAAAAGCUAACAAACUUACUAUUGCCACUGUGGCAGGUGUAGUGCUCGGUGCUUUACUCGGUAUUAUCCUUAGACAAACCAAAUUAGAAUGGUCCGGCAGGGAAGUCAUGUAUAUAGGGUACCUUGGUGAUUUAUUUCUGCAGAUGCUUAAAUCUUUAAUUCUUCCCUUAAUAAUUUCUUCACUGGUUUCCGCUAUUGCAAGUUUAGACCUAUCUCUCUCAGGUCGAAUUGCAGGAAGAGCAAUAGCAUACUAUCUUACUACAACUUUUGCUGCUGUAGUUUUGGGUAUUAUACUUGUUGUUUCCAUAAAACCCGGAGUGGGUUAUACGGGUCAAACCGAGGUUCAAGAUGAACAGGAUAAAAGGCAUGUGCUUACUGUGGACACGUUAUUGGACCUUGUUAAGAACAUGUUUCCAGAAAAUUUGAUUGAAGCUUGCAUUCAACAGCACAGAACAAGGUUAUUAAAUGAAACUGGAGGCACAGAUCUACAAGAAUUUACAAUAACAACCGAAAUAGUAGCUGGAACGAAUAUUUUGGGAUUAGUAGUGGCAUCUGCAGUGAUUGGGAUUGCUUUGGCUCAACUAGGCGAAGAAGCCAAAACCUUGGCCAAUUUUUUUCAUAGUUUAAUGGCAGUAAUGAUGAAAAUAACUACAUGGGUUAUUUGGCUGUCGCCUGUUGGUAUUAUGUUUUUGGUCGCAGCCAAAAUUUUGGAAAUGGAUGAUAUUGCUUCUGUAAUGAGUUCAUUGGCUCUCUACUUUGGCACAGUUUGUGUUGGUCUUUUUGUACAAGGAUUUGUUGUUUUGCCAAUUUUAUAUUUUACUUUAACUAGGAAAAACCCCUUUCAAUUUAUUUCAAAUAUUGGUACUGCCAUCGUUACUGCCUUUGGUACUGCAUCAAGUUCUGCAACGUUACCAGUUACCAUUAAAUGUCUCGAAGAGAAUUUAGGAGUAGAUCCUCGAGUGGCCCGUUUUGCUUUACCAAUUGGUGCGACAAUAAAUAUGGACGGUACAGCGCUCUACGAAGCAGUAGCGGCUAUUUUUAUUGCCCAAGUUAGAGGCGUGGAAAUGGAUAUUGGCACUCUUAUUGCCAUAAGUAUCACAGCUACCGCAGCUAGCAUAGGUGCAGCCGGUAUUCCUCAGGCUGGGCUGGUUACUAUGGUAAUGGUGUUGGAUACUGUAGGUUUGCCAUCUGAGGAUGUUACUCUUAUUUUGGCAGUUGAUUGGUUACUUGAUCGAUUUAGGACUGCUGUUAACGUUAUGGGUGAUGCCUUUGGCGCGGGAAUAGUAAAUCAUCGCAGUCAAAAAGAGUUAGCAACGUUGACAGGUCCUGCACCAGUAAAAAAGAACAAAGAGAAGCAAGACCAAGAUUCUAAUUCGACAGUUCAAAUUCAACAAAUUUAAAAUAAGAAAACAAAAUAAAGGUGCUUUACCGAAACAAUAAUGAAACACUUUCUCAUUUAUUAAUAUUUUGGAUCCAAAUUAUAUUUGAACACUGCUUUUGUAAAACAAAUUUAUGACU